AUGUUACUAGAUACAAUGGUCGGCCAGGACCCGGCCACGAGCCCCAAGGUGGAGGACCUUGCUAGUAUCAGCGAGAUCCCGGUCGAUGUGCCUGCUGCCCCCAAAGAGGACUCGAAGAAGGAGUCCAACGGCCAAUCUGAUUCCAAAAAUAAUAAUGUGCCUCCCCCCAAGACUGACAAGCCCCGCCCUCAUGGAUGUACGACCUGUGGCCGGUCUUUCGCUCGCUUGGAGCACCUCAAGCGUCAUGAGCGCUCGCAUACCAAAGAAAAGCCCUUUGAAUGCCCCGAAUGCGCGCGUUGUUUCGCUCGUCGGGAUCUCCUUCUCAGACAUCAGCAGAAACUACACAUGACUACAACGCCAUCAUCGCGUCCCAGAAAUGGUCGACGAGAGAGCACGGGAGGCGCAUCCACUGGAGCGAACCGGGUUCGCAAGAACUCAAUCGCUAGUAACUCCAGUAACAUGCGUCCCAGAGCAAAUACCAUCAGCCAUGUCGAUGGGGCUUCCUUGGGAAUAGUGAACACCUCGAAUCCUCCACCAGCGCCAGCUGGCCACUCGGGUCAUACUUAUCAUGCAAGUAUUGGCUCCGCGUCAGUGGGUUCGAACCUGGAUUUUCGAGGUUACUCUUCAGGUCACCAUCCUUCCAUGAAUGGCUUGACCAAGCUAGAAACAUCGGGUUUGCCCAUGGAUCUUUCUGGUGGUCUUCGCACUGCUCCUGUUUACGGUAGCUUUGACAUCAAUGUCCCAGAUAUGUUCAUGGGCCAUGGCAGUACCAUCAACCCAGCGCAGCUGCACUUUGGAGGCUCACCCCAGACCUACGGAAACGACUCGCCAUCAUCCCCAUAUGCCCAUGGUGCGCAUCAUAUGCCUCCGGCGGAUGGGAUGAUGGAAGAUGAUUUCAGCUUCGAUUGGAUGAACACCUUUGACCCUGCUAUGGCUAUGGGUAAAAGCGCCGAUUCCGCCAUCGAUGAGUCGUCCCCUUCUGCAAUGAGUACGGGCAGUCAGAGUGGAAUCAGUGAAGCCAUGAUGGAUGGCUCACAUCGCUACUCCAUCUCUUCAAACAGCUGGCACAACCCGUUUCCCCCACAUUCGGCGGCGGCCGCCGGCCAGUUUCCCCUCGAGUACACCUCAUCUAGCUUCAACGAUAUAGGCAUUCCACCGGAAACGGUUUCGCCCAAGUCAUUGAUGGCCCAGAAUCCUUUUGCGGAAACCUAUGCAACUCCUCCAUCCAUGACUUCCGUUGGCCAGCCCUUAAUGGGUGGACAUUCGCAGAGUAUGUUUUCAUCCUCUAUGGCAACAAACGGAGAAUCUCCUAAUCCUUUCAACCUCCCUUUCGCGAAUAGUGCCCUACGAACUCACCAUUCCCCAAGCUCCACGGAUACCUUUACAGACUCCACCCGACAGGCUCUAUUAGCAAGCAUGGCGCGCCCUACCAGUCUCAAUCACCGCAAGUAUUCCCAGCCCGCCAGCGGCAUGAUUCCCUGCCGCGAUCUUUUCUCCCGUUCCUCCACUUUCACCGGCUCCGGUCAAUUACCUAGCACCUCGGACAUGCAACGCUACAUCUCAGCAUACAUCACGUAUUUCCAUCCACAUAUGCCGUUCCUUCAUAUCCCGACCCUUGACUUUCAGGCGCCCGAGUACACCAACAAUCUGCGGACUCCCAGCGGCCAUCUCAAUCUCAGCUCUACCGGCAUCACUGGAGGUGGUGGCUCCCUGAUCCUCUCCAUGGCGGCAAUCGGGGCCCUCUACGAAUUUGACACUGCGGCCUCCAAGGACUUAUUCGAAGCUGCCAAGAAAAUGAUUCAACUCUACUUAGAGGAGCGACGUAAAGCGGACAUGUCGACCCCGGUCGGGCGCCACAGUAACGCUCGUGACAGCUCGGUGCACAAUACGCCGCUUUGGUUGGUUCAAGCGAUGCUCCUCAACGUCAUCUAUGGACACACCUGCGGCGACAAGACAUCUGCUGAUAUUGCGAGUACGCAUUGUGCCGCGUUAGUCAGCCUUGCCCGGGCGGCUGAACUGAAUCGCCACCUAGAUGCGAAAGACCUCUCUCAGGAUUACCUCACUGCCGGACUUGCCAGCCGCGUUGGUACUGACGCUGACAGUUGGGGCCAAGCAGGGCAACCGAAGGAGAGAAGGGACUGGUUGGAGUGGAAGAUCGUAGAAGAGCGAAAGCGAACUCUCUACGCAAUAUUUGCGCUUUCAUGCUUUCUUGUGUCGGCUUAUAACCAUGCACCCGCUCUGACCAAUUCCGAAAUCCGCCUCGAUCUGCCCUGCGAAGAGGAUCUCUGGGCCGCGGAGUCCCCACAAGCGUGGAAGAAGCUUGGUGGACAGUCAACACCAAAGAAGGGGCUGUCCUUCUCCGCUGCUUUGACUACGCUGCUUACCGCCAGUCAACGAGAGCAACAAUCGUCUACAACACAGGCCAAAGCAUCUGGCAACGAUGCCUCCGAAGGAUCUCCCAGUGGCGAACUCAAACCUAGUACCUUCGGCUGCUUGGUUUUGAUAUAUGCUCUUCACAACUACAUCUGGGAGACUCGUCAGCGUCACAUAGGCCGGCAGUGGACAUCACGAGAGAACGAAGCCAUGCAAGCACACAUCGAGCCCGCACUGCGAGCCUGGCAAUCCGCUUGGGCCAGCAAUCCUGUGCAUAGCUUGGAACGUCCCAAUCCUUUCGGUGCAGGGCCCCUCUCUGCUGACAGUAUCCCGCUGUUAGAUCUCGCGUAUGUCAGGCUAUUCGUCAAUCUAGGAAGGUGCAAAGAAGCAUUCUGGCAGCGUGAUUGGAAUGCGAUGUCAGAUGAGCUUGCGCGUGGAACAGGUGUAGAUCAACCCAUGGACGAUAUACCAUCUGAUGUGCUGGACCCAUCGAUCACGGAAGGUUCCCACCAGAUUGAUCAUCGGCGCGAUUCAGUGGCAGAUCUGGGUGUAGGUGAUCUUGCUAUAUCCGGUACUCCCACCCAGGAUCAUCCUCUGCAGACUCUCAUGGGCGUAUACCGACCUGGCCAAACCAAGCGGGAAAGGCAUCUGCGCAAGGCUGCCUUUUAUGCAGCUGACUCAAUCUCAAUGUCCGAUCAACUAGGAAAUACCUUUGCUGAAUUCACGUGCCGGGAGCUGCCCAUUCAAUGUGCCAUGUGCACUUUCGACUGCGCUCAAGUGCUGGCAGAAUGGAUCACUACUGUUCAGGAACGCGUCGGCCCCUACCUAGGUGUUCUUGGCCAGGAUGACGUCGACCUCAUGCAAGCUACCAGCCUUCUCUUACUCGAGGAAGAGGACUGCAAACUGUUGGGCAAGAUCAAAGAGAUUCUUUCCAGCGUUGAAAAUAAGAUGCAGAGAGAAGUUCAAAGCGGGGUAACCAUGUCAGCCCUGAGCGUCCUACAACGCCUGCCUAGUGUUGUUGAAGGGGGUUAUGGCAGCAAGAUUCUGAUUGCCACGGCAAGUCUCCUUGACCGGGCCGCUGUGUGGCCAGUGACAAAGCUUAUGGCUCGAUCACUAGAAGCCCAAGCUAUGCGGCUGAAAGAGCGUGCUCAAAACUCGACCUUGGGAGCCAACAACUAG